AUGGGACCAGAUCUCAGCCUGCGACACAUUCCCGAUGCCUCCGACGCCUCCCUCUCGUUCAACGCGACCCCCGACUUCUCUGAUUCCUCUUUCCAAAUACCGCUCGCUGGCUCCUCCAACACCUUUCUCCUCGACGACGACAGCCUUGACUUCCUCCGCAGCGCACCCGACACCACGCUCAGCACGCCCGCUCCACUCCAGCCCCACCGACGCCUGCGCUCACGGUCCCGUUCACCUACGAAACAUUCUCCAAGCAAAAGAGUUCAUAAUACGGGCCUGACGCUUACCGAACUCACCCCCCGCGCACCCACGUACGUCAAUGCCCGCACCCCACGCUCCGCGGCCGUGCGAUCAUCCCUCCGCCCGCACCUCCGCAUGGACGCGCGCGCCGAGGUGGCCACGCCGCGCCGCGCCGCAAUUGCGGCAGACAUAAGCACCGCGCUCACCGACACGCUCUCCCCAUUCGCCGCGGGCGGCGGCGGGGAGCCGUCUUUUCAGAUCCCCACUUCCACGCUCGGCGGGGGAGGUUUCCUGCUGCACGACGACGACGCUGACGAUAUGUUUCGCGAGUUGGAGGAGACGCUGAGCGCCAGACAUCAUGUCGCUGGCGCCGGCGAUGACUCAGACGGUGCGCUUGGUUGCUUGAAGGAGCAAGGGCAGGAACCCGCUGCAAGCCCCAGUUCGCGGUCAAGCCGGCUGCCAUCGCCGACGCGGUCGGGAAAUGUGGAGCAAAAUUUGCUGAGGGAGGACACGCAGGGACGGCAGGAUGCCGAUGAUCAAGCAGAAUUGAGCGAAUGUGACGCAGUUGACUCGGGCAAUGUAAUUCCGUGCGGACAGGGAGACCCUGGCAACCCUGAGGAUGACACAAGUCUCGCAGCGGAGCCCGGCUCCAACGUGGCCCAUCAGACGAAUGUGCAGACGGUGCGAGGAGUGGCGUGCCGCACAGGGAGGACGACGUCGAGGGGACUGAGUGCGAAGACGCUCUCGACGCGGAGAAAGCCCGUCGUCAUAGGCGGGGGUAUCUCGAAGCCGGGUAAGGCUAGAUUGCGCCCCGUAGUCGCACGGGCGGUGCUGGACAGCAGCAGCGCGAAGCGCGGGGGUGGCACCUUGCAGGGUGGGCCCCGGAGAUUAGGAAUUGCGGACAGCAUGCGGCUGACGAAGGCUCGGCUCGGCUCGACGAAGGCCAAGGAGCCUGACAGAGCUGAGCCGGGGCCAGGAGCGCUGGUCAGCGCGCUGCUGUCAUAUGGACAUCAGAUAGACCAGGGCCGUGCAAGUUUGGGCCCGACAGACCCAGAGACGAACCGGGCUGAUGCCGGCCAUCCACCGAACGGAUCUACGCCGGGAACGGACGGCGAAGCAGAGCCAGGGGUUGGGGACAUGUCUGCGGGGGAGGAGGGUGAAUUAGAUCGCGAUUCGCCGCUCACGGUCUCGCAGCUGUCGCCCACGAAAAGGGGAGAAGGCAGGACGCCCACAGAGAGAGUCAGUUUGGGGGGCACGCGACCAGCCUCGCCCGGGCGGUCGUCUGUGAAGCGGACGCGGUCACCUGCACCCGACUCGUGCCCCGAGAACGCGCACAAGCGGAGCAGGACUGCCCCGCCGGCGCCGGCGUCGGCGUUGGCGUUGGGCACGCUGGUGGACAAGGCGGCGGCGCGGCCCAGAAGAGGGCUAGCGGCGGCUUUUAGGCGGCAGCGGAGUGCGGAUCUGGGGAGGAAGGUGGGCGAAGGGGGCGCUUCGAAUUGUCGAUCGAGUGGGGAGCAGGGCAGCAGCAGCAGCGAGCCCCCACCGCACCUGACGCACACGCGGCCGCCCCCUGCCGACAAGGAGAACGACCCCCACCAGAAGCCCAUGUCCCGCCCGGCCGACCCGCCUGGGUUUGGGAAACAGUUCCGCGACAUCUGUCCAUUGAUCGAUAUGUUCAUUUCACUCACUGCGUCUGCGUUCCAGCCCCCUGCGCUUCCUCCCGCGAAGCCAACCAGGCCGAUCGAGUUCCACUUCCUCUCCGACGCACGGGCAGAGGCGCGCCGGGCCGAGCGCGACCUCGCCACGUCGGGCGGCAGCUCGAGCACCAGCGCGAGCACCAGCGCGGUGGCGCAUGGGCACGCCUCGGUGUCGAUUCCGGACUUCAAGGCGAUGCACGCGGCGCAGGAGUCGGCGCUGCAGGCGCGGCGGGGGCAGAUCGUGCCGGUGACGGCGGUGGACUUUGAGCUGGCGACGGACGCGCGGGCGCGGGAGCGGGAGGAGUACGACCGGGCGCGGCGGGCGCGGGAGGAGGAGCUGGCGCGGCAGAUGGAGGAGCGGCGGCGGCUGCAGGCAGUCGAGGAGGAGCGCGAGGUGCGAGAGUUGCGACGGCGGGCGGUGCCGCGGGCGCACGAGGUGCCGGAGUGGUAUGCCCGUGCGCCGAAGCGGGCAGCGAAGACGAGGCCAGCCGGUGCAGGACGCGACAGCGCAGCGGGCGAUGGUACCGAUAAGCACCGCGCAGAGAUCGCGGGGCACGCCAGCCGUGCGCGUUCCGCAGUGCCAGACGAUAGUGCGCCUCGAGGACGACGCGUGCGGGACGCAGCUGGAGCGGGGGGUUCUGCCGGCGCUGAUGCCGUGGGCGGUGGGAACGGGCGACGGGGCGCGUGUCCGGCUGGGCAGCCCCGGGCCUCUGAUAGGACGGCCGCGACGCUGCUAGAAGACGAAGACGAAGACGAAGGCGAGGGCGAGCGGGGGCGUGCGUGCGUGCGUGGGGCGUCAUCGUCGCACGGUAUGUCCGUGAACCCCGAGCGCCUGCAGCAGCCUCUCCCCGCUCGCUCGCAGCAAGUACGUGCUGCACCGUCAGCCAGGAACACGCUCGGCGCAGAUGUGGGGGCUGCGAUCCGGCGAGGAGAAGGCGGGCCGCCACCCCCGGAUCGGCUCGACGACCCUGCCUCCGGGCCUGCACGCGCAGCGCAGCCUAGCCGCAUCGGGCAACGCAUCCUGCUCGCCCGUCCGUCCACCCGUGCGCCUGCCUGGCCGUCCGCCGCCGGCCCCGGCGAGUGCGGAGCCGCGCGGGGCGACGGCGAGGGCGUCCCCUGCACCGCGCACAUCACACACCACGCCUCUCUCUCGCCUCAGGUCUCGAGGCUUCGCGCAGCGAGCACACCCCCUGACCGCGCCGCGCGCGAGAUGGGAUCCCGGCGCGGGGAAGAGGAUGGAUGGACAGGUGUGAUGGACGCGAGGGGACGGGUGAUCCGCGCGGUGCUUCUGGCGCGGGCGCGGCGGGCGCGUCUGGCAGAUGGGCUCUGCGGGGCCAACCAGGAGCAGCGGCGGCGGCGGCGGCAGCAGCGCGGAUUGGCCAGGGGGGUGCAGCGACUGGGGCCAGAUUCUUGGUUGGACGGGGUGCGAGCGCGCGCGUCGGUUGGUGUGCGCGGCUGGGGUGGUUCCAUGCGUCGUGCACGCCAGACGAGCGGGCGGGCGGACGAGCCCCCCGAGGCGCAGGUACAGUACGUGCACGGACGUAAGGAGCGGGUAGCGCGGCGCCGCGGGGCUGCUGGUGUGUCCCAGUCCGCAGGUGUGGGUCCAGCGCGCGCCAGCGGGCUGAGACGGCGAUGGGUUGUGGGUCCAGGCUGGAUGAGAUGGCGGGGAGGCAGGCGGCGCGGGGGUGCGUUCAGCCCAGGCCAGUUCGAUCCGGAUCUGGAGGGACGCGCAGGGACGCAGAGAAGACGAGGACGAGCCAUCCCUCAGCUCCCGCUCGGCGCGGACACGUCGCCGCGCCCUCCUGCACGCCACUCCACUCCCUCUCUAGACCCAGGCCCUGCGCACGCCGCAAUUGCAGCUCUAUGCCCGCUGUCUCCCUACCUCCCAAUCACACUGACACUCACGGCACACGCUGAUGCACUCCAUUGGCCACGUCCACGACAGCCCACUCCCGUAAUCGACGCGCACACAGACGCUGCCUCCUCUUUCUUGAGUGAGUCGCCUCCCAGUCCUGGUCGCUGCCUCCCCGCGUCUGGACUCUGGGCCAGGGGCGCGACUCGCACACGAGCGAGCGAGCCACGGCUGUACGUACUGGGGCUUCUUCGCCCGCGUCCAGGGCCGACCGAGGCGCGUCAGCCGCUGGCCACGGCAACCCAGUACGUGCGCCGCGCUGCAGCACGCAUACCCGGGCCUGGCGGUGCACCAGCACCAGCACUAGCACCAGCACCGUCCGCCGCCGCCGCCGCCGCACCCGCGCCCGGGCCUGGCCCGUGCAGAGAGGUGCCGGCGAGAGAGCUCGAGAGCCCGCGAGCCCAUCCGCCGGGGCGCACCGCACGCCGCAGCGCAGAACCCAGUGCGAUAUAG